AUGAUUCCCAUCUCGCUCUACGUCUCGGCCGAGAUGGUCCGGGUGGUCCAAGCCAAGCUCAUGGAGUGGGAUGUUGAGAUGUAUUACCCGGUGACUGACACACCGAUGAAGGCGCGGACGUCGAACCUCAAUGAGGAGCUCGGACAAGUACACUACGUGUUCUCGGACAAGACGGGAACGCUCACGUGCAACACCAUGGAGUUUCUCAAGUGCUCGGCUGGCGGCGUGUCGUACGGGCACGCCGUGACCGAGGCGGCCAUCGGAGCGGCCAUGCGCGAGGGCCGGACGCUCAUGCCGCCGCCGGACACAGAAAAGUUCUCCGAGGACGGGCUCUUCUACUUUGACGACCCGACCAUCCAUGAGAACCUCCGCAACGGACAUCCGACGGCACCAGUCCUGGAUGAGUUCCUCCGCAUGCUUGCCCUCUGCCACACCGUCAUUCCCGAGACGGCGCAGCCGAGCGACGGCGACGAGGCCUCGGGCUCUGAGGCGGUCACGCCCGGGCGGACAUCAUCGUCGGACGGCACCGGCCCGUCGGUGGCGGACACGACCAAGUACAUGGCGUCGUCGCCGGACGAGGGUGCGCUUGUCGAGGCCGCGCGCGGGCUCGGCUACAAGUUUGCGUCGCGGUCGGCGUCCGAGGUAGUCAUCGAGGUUUUUGGCAAGCCGGCAGUCUACACGCUCCUCCACGUCCUCGAGUUCAACUCGACGCGCAAGCGCAUGUCGGUCAUUGUCCGGACGCCCGACGGCAACAUCAAGCUCUACUGCAAGGGCGCCGACUCGGUCAUAUACGAGCGGCUCGCCGGUGGCCAGAAAGAGCUCAUGGACGUCACAUCGCAGCACCUCGAAGAAUUUGCGCGCGAUGGGCUCCGCACGCUCGUCCUCGCCGUCCGCGACAUUCCCGAGUCCGAGUACACGCCGUGGGCCGCCGAAUUUGUCAAGGCCUCGGCCACCAUCAUCAACCGCAAGGAAAAGGUUGAGGAGGUGCAGUCCAAGAUCGAGUGCGAGCUCGUGCUCCUCGGUGCGACGGCCAUCGAGGACAAGCUUCAGGACGGCGUGGCCGACACCAUCCAGAACCUGCUCCACGGCGGAAUCAAAGUCUGGGUACUCACGGGUGACAAGCAGGAGACAGCAAUCAACAUCGGGUACUCAUGCGCGCUCCUCUACGAAGGCAUGUCGCUCGUCAUUCUCGACGCCGACACGGAAGAUGCCGUGGCCUCGGCGCUCGACGACGCUAUCGCCAAGUACUCGGACUACGAGGGUGAUGUCGGGCUGGUCAUCGACGGCGCCACGCUCGAGCAUGCGUUGGCCGCGAGCAACGCGCCGCGGUUCCUCCAGCUCGGCAACCUGUGCAAGUCGGUCAUUUGCUGCCGCGUCUCGCCGUUGCAAAAGGCGCUUGUGGUGGGUCUGGUCAAGGACUCCGAGCCGGUGGUGACGCUUGCCAUCGGCGACGGCGCUAACGACGUGUCAAUGAUCCAGGCUGCGCACAUCGGGAUCGGGAUCUCGGGCAACGAAGGCAUGCAGGCCGUGAUGGCAUCCGACUACGCGAUCGCGCAGUUCAAGUACCUCAAGCGGCUGCUGCUCAUCCACGGGCGGUGGAACUACCAGCGCAUUUCCAAGCUCAUUCUCUACUCGUUCUACAAGAACAUGACAUUUGUCAUGCCGCAGUUUUGGUUUGCCCUCUCGUCGGCGUUCUCGGGCCAGACGCUGUACCACUCCAACUACAUUCCGCUCUUCAACGUGCUCUUUGCUGGCCUCCCUAUCAUCAUCCUCGCCUCGAUCGACCAGGACGUCAGCCACGAGUCGUCACUCGAGUUCCCCGAGCUCUACUUUGACGGGCAGAACAAGAAGGAGUUCAACGUCAAGCUCUUUGUCCUCUGGAUCGCCAACGCCAUCUUCCACUCAGCAGUCAUCUUUUUCGGCGUCCGCGGCGUAUACUCGGGCACGACGGCGGCGGCGGACGGGCAGCACAGCGGCGUGUUUCUUCUCGGCUCGGUCGUCUUUACUUGUGUUGUCCUUGUGGUGACCGGUAAGCUCGCACUGGAGAUCCGUAACUGGACGUGGUACAACCUUGCGGCAGUCGUUGUCUCGCUCGCCAACUGGUUCGUCCUCCUCAUCUUUGGCUCGCUUGUCCCGUCGCUCUUCCCGGAAAUGUACUGGGUUGCCUUUGAGCUCUUUGCGGACCCGCGGUUCUGGCUCACCUGCCUGGUUGUCCCGGUCACGGCGCUUGUGCCGGACCUGACGUACGCAUUCCUCUCCCGGCAGCUCGCGCCGCGGCGGGUGCACAUCAUCCAGGAGAUGCAAAAGUCCAAGAUCAAGGCGCACAAGAAGCUCCUCGACCGGAUGGAGGAGAAGAACAAGUCGGCGCUCGCGGUGGCGGCCGACCCCAACAAUACGCUCGCCUCCGGCUCGGCUUCGUUCUCCAAGGGCUUUGCCUUUUCGCAGGAUACCGGACAGUCGUUUGCCAUGGCACUCAUGCCUGUCCGCCACGUUGCGCACUGGCGCAACAUGGCGCGCAAGUCGUCGACCCGCAAAGGCUUACUCCUCAAUCAGGGCGGCCGGCCGGUAGUUAGCGCUCGCAGUGGCAAUGCUGGCGGCAAGUCGCCCAAGGCCAAGGCCGGGCGCGGCGCCAAUGCUUCGCUCUCCGGCGGACGGAGCGGGGGCGACGGCAAGUCCAAGUCGACGUCGACAGCCAAUAUGGCCUCGCUCGAGUCGUCGCGGUCGGCGGUCUCGGGCUCGGACGAUGGGCGGUCGCGUCGGCUCUCGUCGACCAACACCGGCGGCGGCGGCUCCCGCGCUGCUGCCGGUGGCCGCAUCUUCCGUGCCGGCUCGCCACGCAUGACCGAGUCUGCCGACACGAAGGACCGGUUGCGGACAACUUGGUUGGUCGUGGCUGACAACGUGCUGGUCGUGAACAGCUUGGUCGUGGCGAACAACUUGGCUGUGGCUGACAACGAGGCAUCGGCUGACAACUUGGUGGUGACUGACAACGAGGCAUCGGCUGACAACCUGGUGGUGGCUGACAACGAGGCAUCGGCUGACAACUUGCCGGCAGACAACGAGACAUCGGCCGACAACCUGGUGGUGGCUGACAACGAGGCAUCGGCUGACAACUUGCCGGCAGACAAGUCUACUGGUCUGAGCAAAGAGCAGAGCUAG